AUGGCUGACUAUGAUGAUGCUUACGAGGAUGAGUUUUACGAUGAUAUGGAAGAGGGGAUCACCUCGGAGGAUUGCUGGACCGUCAUCUCGUCUUUCUUCGAUACGAAGGGUUUAGUCUCGCAGCAGCUGGAUUCUUUCGAUGAAUUCAUUUCAUCAACAAUGCAAGAACUGGUGGAGGAACAAGGCCAAGUAACACUCGAUCAGACACUUCCGCCCGACGAAGAUGAAGUCGACCCCGUUGUUGUCCGUCGCUAUGAGCUCAAGUUCGGAACAGUUAUGCUUUCCCGUCCCUCCGUCACUGAGGGUGAUGGUGCCACCACUAUCAUGUUGCCCCAGGAAGCUCGUCUCCGAAAUCUCACCUACGCUAGUCCCCUCUAUCUCGGCAUUACAAAGCGAAUCAUGGAAGGCAGAGAGCGGUCAGUUGCUGACCGUGACGACGAGGAGAUUGAGGAAGAUGAAGACAGAAAGGCUCGUGGCACCUACCUCCAGUGGGAGCAGAAGGAGCUGCCCGCCGAUCAAGCCAAAGAGGAAACCGUUUUCAUCGGAAAAGUGCCUAUCAUGCUCAAAUCAAAGUAUUGUAUUCUUAAGGACCUCAGCGAGCAGGCUCUGUACAAUUGGAAUGAAUGCCCUUACGACUCCGGUGGUUAUUUCAUCAUCAACGGAAGCGAAAAGGUUUUGAUUGCCCAGGAGCGAAGUGCAGGUAACACGGUCCAGGUUUUCAAGAAAGCACCACCGAGUCCAACACCAUAUGUCGCGGAAAUUCGAAGUGCCGUCGAGAAGGGAUCUCGACUUCUUUCUCAACUCUCUCUCAAGUUGUUCGCUAAGGGUGAUAGUGCAAAGGGUGGAUUCGGCCCUACUAUCAGGUCCACUUUGCCCUACGUGAAGACGGACAUUCCGAUCGUUGUCGUUUUCAGAGCGCUCGGUGUGGUCUCUGACGAGGACAUUCUUAACCACAUUUGCUACGAUCGUAACGAUACCCCUAUGUUGGAAAUGCUAAAGCCUUGUAUUGAAGAGGGUUUCGUUAUUCAAGAUCGUGAAGUUGCUUUGGACUUCAUUGCUAAGCGUGGCUCUUCCCAGUCAAGCAUGAAUCAUGAGCGUCGUGUGAGAUACGCGCGUGAAAUUAUGCAGAAGGAGCUUCUUCCUCAUAUUUCACAGAGCGAAGGUAGUGAGACUCGGAAGGCAUUCUUCUUGGGUUAUAUGGUGCACAGACUUCUGCAGUGUGCUCUGGGCCGCCGGGAUGUUGAUGACCGUGAUCACUUCGGAAAAAAGCGUCUCGAUCUUGCAGGCCCCCUUCUGGCGAACCUUUUCCGUGUUUUGUUUACCCGAGUUACUCGUGAUCUCCAGCGUUACGUCCAGAGAUGUGUUGAGACCAACAGAGAGAUUUACCUCAAUAUUGGUAUCAAGGCCAGUACACUGACUGGUGGCUUGAAGUACGCCCUUGCUACUGGUAAUUGGGGCGAACAGAAGAAGGCCGCAAGUGCUAAGGCUGGCGUGUCGCAAGUGCUCAGUCGUUAUACCUACGCUUCUACUUUGUCACAUCUUCGCCGAACCAAUACGCCUAUUGGUCGUGAUGGUAAAAUUGCUAAACCCCGCCAGCUUCACAAUACUCAUUGGGGGUUGGUUUGUCCAGCAGAGACUCCUGAAGGUCAGGCCUGUGGUCUGGUCAAGAACUUGGCCCUCAUGUGUUAUGUCACUGUUGGUACACCCAGCGAACCUAUCAUUGACUUCAUGAUUCAGCGUAACAUGGAAGUUCUUGAGGAGUUUGAGCCUCAGGUCACUCCCAACGCAACGAAGGUCUUCGUCAAUGGAGUGUGGGUCGGUAUCCAUAGAGAUCCCGCCCAUCUUGUCAAUACGAUGCAGUCACUGCGGCGACGAAAUAUGAUCUCCCACGAGGUCAGUUUGAUUCGUGAUAUCCGUGAGCGGGAGUUCAAGAUCUUCACCGAUGCUGGACGUGUUUGCAGGCCGUUGUUCGUCAUUGACAAUGACCCGAAGAGCGAAAAUUGCGGUGGUUUGGUGUUGAACAAAGAGCACAUCCGCAAGUUGGAACAAGACAAAGAAUUACCACCCGACCUCGACCCUGAGGAUCGUAGAGAACGUUACUUUGGAUGGGAUGGGUUAGUGAGAUCGGGUGUGGUAGAGUAUGUUGACGCCGAAGAAGAGGAGACGAUCAUGAUUUCCAUGACACCGGAAGACCUGGAAAUUUCCAAACAGCUUCAGGCUGGCUACGCCCUUCCUGAAGAAGAGCUCGAUCCCAACAAGCGCGUCCGCUCUAUACUGAGCCAGAAGGCACAUACUUGGACACACUGUGAGAUUCAUCCUAGUAUGAUUCUCGGAGUUUGUGCUAGUAUCAUUCCAUUCCCUGAUCACAAUCAAUCGCCCCGUAACACAUACCAGUCUGCUAUGGGUAAACAAGCUAUGGGUGUGUUCUUGACGAACUUCGAUCAGCGUAUGGAGACGAUGGCGAAUAUUCUCUACUACCCUCAGAAGCCACUAGCGACAACACGGUCAAUGGAGUUCCUGCGAUUCCGUGAAUUGCCAGCCGGUCAGAACGCCAUCGUUGCCAUUGCUUGCUAUUCCGGUUACAACCAGGAAGAUUCAGUUGUUAUGAACCAAAGCAGUAUUGAUCGUGGUCUUUUCCGCAGUCUUUUCUACCGUACUUACACGGACAGCGAGAAGAUGGUUGGUUUGACGGUUGUUGAACGCUUUGAGAAGCCAAUGCGACAGGAUACGAUUGGCAUGAGAAAGGGUACUUAUGAUAAACUGGACGAAGAUGGUAUCAUUGCUCCUGGCGUACGUGUCUCUGGUGAGGAUAUUAUUAUUGGUAAAACGGCCCCUCUAGCUCCCGACGCGGAGGAGCUCGGCCAGAGAACCAAAGCCCAUACCAAACUGGACGUUUCCACGCCCCUUAGGAGUACUGAGAGCGGUAUUGUGGAUCAGGUUCUGGUGUCCACCAGCAAUGAUGACUUGAAGUUCGUAAAGGUCCGUAUGAGGACUACCAAAAUCCCUCAGAUUGGAGACAAGUUCGCUUCGCGUCACGGACAGAAGGGUACCAUUGGUAUUACCUACCGUCAGGAAGACAUGCCGUUCUCUCGAGAAGGUGUUGCGCCUGAUUUAGUCAUCAACCCUCACGCCAUUCCCUCGCGUAUGACUAUUGCUCACUUGAUUGAGUGCCAGCUUAGUAAGGUAUCAGCCCUGCGUGGCUUUGAGGGUGAUGCAACACCUUUUACCGAUGUUACUGUCGAUUCUGUCUCUCGUCUACUUCGCGAGCACGGCUACCAGUCUCGCGGAUUCGAGGUAAUGUACAAUGGCCAUACCGGCCGGAAGCUAGUGGCGCAGGUGUUCUUGGGACCUACGUACUACCAACGUCUGCGACACAUGGUCGAUGACAAGAUUCAUGCCCGUGCUCGUGGACCGACUCAGAUUUUGACUAGACAGCCCGUGGAAGGUCGUGCCCGUGAUGGUGGUCUCCGAUUCGGAGAGAUGGAACGUGAUUGUAUGAUCGCCCAUGGAGCAAGUGCCUUCCUAAAGGAACGUCUCUUUGACGUUUCUGACCCGUUCCGCGUCCACAUCUGCGAUGACUGCGGAUUAAUGACGCCAGUUGCUAAACUGAAGAAGGGACUUUUCGAGUGUCGACUGUGCAACAAUAAGCACAGGAUUUCGCAGGUGCAUAUCCCUUAUGCCGCCAAGCUUCUGUUCCAAGAGCUGGCCUCGAUGAACAUUGCCGCCCGCAUGUUUACCAACCGUUCCGGCGUUUCCGUGCGGUGA